AUGGGCUGUGGUUGUUGUACACAUGCAUUAACUGAAAAAGAUAUUUUACGUGUUGUAGUUUUUGGUCUUGAAAAUUCUGGUAAAACAUCUCUUGUUCAAUGUUUAAAAACUUCAAAUAAAAUAUUCGAAACAUCAAAAUAUAUUUCAACACAUGGUGUUAUAGCUGUUAAUAUUUAUUUAAAUAUUCAAACAAAAUUAAAUUUACUUAUAUUUGAUUGUGGUGGUUGUAAACAUCAACGACAUAUUUGGCCUCAUUUAUUCAAUGAUUCUGAUGUUAUUUUAUUUACUAUUGAUAGUAUUGAUUUAACUUGUUUAAAUGAUGCAAAAGAUGCUCUUUUUGAUUUACUUACGGAUGAAAGUUUAUUGAAUAAACCAUUACUUAUUGUUUUUACUAAAUCAGAUAAACGAAAAAAUAUAAACGUUACUCAACUUGAACAAAUAUUAAAUCUUUCAAUGAUACAAGAUCGACCUAUUCAUAAAGUUUUAUUUUCAUCAGUAACACUCGAUGGUCUUACUUCAAUGUUAACAUGGUUUACUUAUUUUAGUUAUUGUAAACUUCAUGGAAAAGAAAUGGAUAUAUCAACGAAUAAUAAAUAUCAAAUAUCUGAAUCACUUAAUCUUUCAACACCAUCAAAUAAUAAGAUAAAAAAAUAA